AUGAGUAUAGUUGGAGAACCCCCGAAGCGGGCAAAAAUUGAUUAUGCUAUGGCGUUCGAUAACGCGGACCUUGAGAAGGUGAAGUUCCCUCAUGACGAUCCUUUAGUGAUCACAUCAAUGAUUGGAAACUCGUCCGUAAAAAGAGUACUCGUUGACAGUGGAGCCUCGGUGGAUAUUUUGUUCUAUGAUGUAUAUGAGAAGAUGGGGUAUGUUGAUUCCCAACUCACACUCUCGGACAUGCCCAUAUAUGGUUUCAACAACGCGGAGACGAAAAUCGAAGGUAUGAUCCAACUACCAGUAACAAUGGGCACCGAGCCUAGACAGGCCACAUGCCUGUUGAACUUUUUGGUCAUUAAAGCCUCAUCAACCUACAAUGCCAUCCUUGGAAGGACCGGGAUACACGCUUUUAAAGCGAUCCCAUCCACCUACCACCUGAAGAUUAAAUUCCCGAAUAGGAACGGAGUAGGAGAGGAAGUAGGAGAUCAGAAAAUGGCCCGAAGUUGUUACGUGGGAGCAUUGAAAUCCGGAGGAGUUUGGGGGCAAGUAUUACCUAUAGAGGACCUUGAUGUCCGAGAAGAAGAGGAAAGAAGAGGUAAACCUACAGAGGAUCUAAUUCCUAUCCCACUGUAUACUGAGGAACCCGGAAAGGUCACAUAUGUUGGAGCAUUACUCCAGGAAGAUUUGAAGUAG